CUUAAUAGCUCGAGACUGGAGGACGCGACGAAGAUAUCUCUCUCUCUCGAUCUCUCGAUAUUGUGUGUGGAGAAUCGACGAAGAAACGAACCUUGGGGCUUGAAUCUGGCGGUCGAUGGCCGGAGGCCGCAGCUGGUGGCAGCGGCGAUGAAGUGCAAGGAGCAUCCCUACGAAUUGGGCGCCGGCGUCUGCGCCUCCUGCCUCAGGGAGCGCCUCCUCGCUCUCGUAGCCGCCGAGAACGAGCUAUCCCCCCACCGCCAACCAUGGGGUUUCGACGCGCCCACCAUCGCCUUCCCCCGGUCCGUGUCGCCUUACCUGCCACACCGCCGAUCCGUCGGUUCCGACGCCUCGCACCACCACGACCCCAGCUUCUUCAGCACCCCCGGGCUCGGCCACACCUUGGAUGGCGAAUUCGACGGCGGUCGGAACCGGAGGUCCGGGCGGUUCUCCGUCCUCAAAGCGCUCUUCAGGCAUCACACAUCGGAGAAGGGAGAGGACGACUGGGUGCCUCGUAAGGGCUCCGGACCGAGAUCAUGGUUCUCGGCGCUCGUUCGCCUCCGCCGCCGCAGGAAGAAGCGGCAACCGGAGCCCUUCUCGGCGGCAGAGGGAGAGACGGCACCGGAACAGAAUACGAGGUCGUGUCGGUUGGUGCAGCGGGGGAUGUCGCCGGCCAUGGAGGACGAGGAGGAGUCGGACGCGAGCGGGUACACGAGCGAGUCCUCGAACGGGUGGAGGCGUCCGAUUCCGACGCGGCGGAUCUCCGCGAGCAGCCGUCACCGCCACCGCCACCACCAACAGCAACAACAACAACAACAACUGCGAGGCGUCGGCUGCGUGUCGGGGUUUACGGUCCGCCUGAGCCCGCUGAUGAGGUCGGGCGCCAGCGGGCGGCACAGCCAGGUGUCUGAAUCGGCGGGAGUCUCCGGUGAGCUGCGAUACCCGGCGAACUCGGUCCGCCGGGACCGGCGCACUGCCACCGGAUGCGCUCCGCUCGGGCUCGACCCGAGCCGGUCUUGGAAGCUAGCCGAUUUCGGCCGGUUCAAAUGACGAUUCUGCCCACCGCUUAGCAUAACAGAAAAAGAAAACGAUUUACUGUGAAUUAGAUAUCUUUUAUUAUAAAUAUUCAUAUUUAUAAUAAAGCUGUGAUAUUGAAAACCUC